AUGUCGAAACAGGACAGCUUAGUUCAGCCUGAGGCCGCUGAAGAUGAACUUGACGAAUGGGAUCAACGAAUUUUCAGCACAGGCUGUUCUGGUAAGUUUAAGGUCCUCUGCGGGACAGGCAGAUCUGAGGAAGAGACAGAGGAGCAACUGCGCAUGAACGAUUGCUACUUUGAGAAGAAAGACUGGAGAGCUUGCAAGGCCGAAGUAUGUGUUGAACCCCAACCUCGAUGA